AUGGCGGGUGCUUGGUCACCGGUUUGUUGCAGAGGAUGCUCCUCGACUUCCUGUGUAUGCGACCGCAAGAGCAAGUGGAGCGACUCCUCACUGUUGGGCAGGCGGCUGUCCGAAGACUCUAGGCGACACCAGCUGCUGCAGAAAUGGACGAGCACGUGGAACUCUACGAGCCGGGACGCGUCGGAGGCCGGCGCGGAGCAGGCGCCGCGCGAGGAGGAGGCGGCGGAGGACAGGCCGCUGGUGUUCCUGUGCUCCGGCUGCCGGCGGCCGCUGGGCGACUCGCUGAGCUGGGUGGCCAGCCAGGAGGACACCAACUGCAUCCUGUUGCGCUGUGUUUCCUCUAAUGUUUCUGUGGAUAAGGAACAGAAAUUGUCCAAAUGCAAAGAUGAAAAUGGCUGCAUUCUUGAGACUUUGUGCUGUAUGGGCUGCUCCCUCACCCUCGGCUAUGUGUACAAAUGCACUCCCAAGAAUCUGGAUUACAAGAGGGACCUGUUUUGUCUCAGCGUUGAAGCCAUUGAAAGUUAUACUUUAGGGUCCUCUGAAAAGCAAAUUGAGCCCGAAGAUAAAGAGCUUUUUAAUCUUAAGAGGAAGACGUCUUGA